AUGGCUCAACCCAAAGCUGGUGGUCUGAUAGCACCCCAGGGCCAGGCACCUCAGAGUCAAGCAUCCCAGGGCCAGGCACCCCAGGGCCAGGCAACUCAGAAUCAAGCAUCCCAGGGCCAGGCACCCCAGGGCCAGGCAACUCAGAGUCAAACAUCCCAGAGCCAGGCACCCCAGGGCCAGGGACCUCAGGGCCAACCACCCCAGAGCCAAGUACCCCAGAGCCAGGCACCUCAGGGCCAAGUACCCCAGAGUCAGGCACCCCAAGUCCAGGUACCUCAGAGCCAACCAUCCCAGAGUCAGGCACCCCAGAGCCAGGCACCCCAAGGCCAGGUACCUCAGGGCCAAGCACCGCAGAACCAGGCACCUCAGGGGAAGGCACCCCAAGGCAAAGCAUCACAGAGUCAGGUACCUCAGAGCCAGGCUCCCAACAGUAAACCCAAGGAGCAGGCAGAGCCCCCACGUCCCACCAGCCAGAAGGCCUUAGUGACAGGAGGGGGUGGCUACUUUGGGUUCAGUCUGGGUUCCAGUCUUGUCCGGAGUGGGGUCUCAGUGGUUUUGCUCGACAUCCAACGUCCUAAGUGGGAGCUACCCAAAGGAGUGGCAUUCAUCCAGGGUGACAUCCGGGAUAGGGAGGUCCUAUAUCAAGCCUGUGAAGGGGUUGACUGUGUUUUCCAUGUGGCUUCCUAUGGAAUGUCAGGUGCUGAAAAGCUGCAUAAAGAACAGAUUGAAUCUGUAAACAUUGGUGGAACCAAAGUAGUGAUUGACGUCUGCAUCAAACGGCAAAUUCCAAGGCUCGUCUACACCAGCACUGUCAAUGUUGCAUUUGGGGGAAAGCCCAUCGAACAGGGCGAUGAAGACUCCGUGCCAUAUUUCCCACUUGAGAAGCAUAUUGACCACUACUCAAGGACCAAAGCCAUUGCAGACCAGCUGAUCCUCACAUCCAAUGGAACCCCACUACCUGGUGGAGGGACCUUUCGAACUUGUGUUCUUCGCCCCCCAGGCAUCUAUGGACCAGAAGAGCAGAGGCACCUUCCUAGAGUGGCGAGCAGCAUCAGGAAGAGACUGUUCACCUUCAAAUUUGGGGAUCCCAGAACACGGAUGAACUGGGUCCAUGUUCAGAACCUGGUCCAGGCACACCUUCUGGCUGCAGAGGCACUCACUGCAAACAAAAAUUACAUUGCGAGUGGCCAAGCAUACUACAUUAAUGAUGGAGAGAGUGUCAACCUCUUUGAGUGGAUGUCCCCUCUGUUUGAUAAGAUGGGAUACAGCCGGCCAUGGAUCCAGAUUCCUACUUCCUUGGCUUACCUGUCAGCUUCAGGAAUGGAGUAUCUCCACCUGGCCCUGAAACCCAUUUGUGAUUUCCCACCUCUGCUGACCCGAAGUGAGGUGUGGAGUAUCGCCGUGACUCACACCUUCCAGAUCCAAAAAGCCCGUGACCAUCUCGGCUACAUUCCAGAGAAGUUCUCCUUUGCUGACUCAGUAGACCAUUAUAUCCAGAUCCGGCACAAGCAGCAGCAGCACAGCUCAGUGCUUCUAAGAUUCCUGAUGGUCCUCAUCUGCCUCGUUGGUGCACUCUUGCUUUCCCUGUACUUCCUGGACCCUUCAUUCCUCGGACUUUCCCAUGAAGACCACCUGUAACAGUCACCAUGCAAGCUCCACAG